AUGGCUUCCAAUUUUGAGAGACUUCAUUGCUAUACAAGUGUCAAACAAGCUCCAAUCUCCUCACCAUUCAUCAAUGCAACAAGGGAAUAUCUUUACUGUUUGGAGCAUGGAGAUAUUGUGAGGAAAGGAACACUCUCCCAUCCUUCAAGUUCCUACAAACAAAUCAUAAUAGUUGCGGCCAUUGCAGCCGGACUCCAAUUUGGUUGGGCUCUCCAGCUUUCGUUGCUCACACCUUACGUACAACAACUGGGAGUUCCACGCACAUGGUCGUCUUUCAUAUGGCUUUGCGGCCCAAUGUCAGGCCUCAUUGUGCAGCCGACUGUGGGGUACUACAGCGAUCGUUGCAGCUCUAGGUUUGGGCGUCGUCGGCCCUUCAUUGUUGCUGGGGCUGUCUUUGUGGCGGUUGCCGUUAUCCUCAUAGGCUUUGCUGCAGACAUUGGGCAUUCCGCGGGAGAUGAGCUUGCCAAGCGCACAAAGCCAAGGGCUGUGGCCAUAUUCGUGGUUGGAUUCUGGGUUCUCGAUGUGGCUAACAACAUGCUGCAAGGCCCUUGUAGGGCCCUAUUGACAGGGCUGUCCUUGGGAAUCCUGAACCUGUUCAUAGUGAUCCCACAGCUUUUAGUGUCGGCAGUUAGUGGGCCCUUAGACGCAGCCUUCGGGGGAGGGAACUUACCGGCGUUCGUGAUGGGUGGAAUUGCGGCCUUUGCAAGCUCCAUGUGUGCCAUCUUCCUUCUCCCCGACCCACCACCUCAGUGUGAUGUGUCCUUAACAAUGGGCGGUGGCCAUUCAUUCUUCCACCACUCUCUCAUUCUUCCAAUUUUUGUAUCAGCUUCUUCCUUAGUUCACCACAUAGUUAAUAAAAAUAGCAUAAUUUAUGUUCAAGUACUCUCUCGUAUGUUUCCAUUAUAA